AUGGGGAGCAUAGAAGAGACAGUCUUCAGGCCAAAGAAGUAUAACACUGAGCUCACCGACUACUCCACACUUCACGAUGACAAGACUGGGCCCUAUGCCAAAAAUCUUGAGGUCGAUGCUUUGGUCGUCGGUGCCGGUUUUGCCGGUAUCUUUAUGCUCAAGACCCUUCGUGAUCGCGGCUUGAAGACGGUCAUCUUCGAGGCCGGCAAUGAAACUGGUGGCACCUGGCGAUGGAACUGCUACCCCGGCGCCGGGGUCGAUUCCGAAGUCCCGGAGUAUGAGUUCUCUUGGCCCGAGGUAUACAACACGUGGAACUGGUCCAGCAACUAUCCGGACUACAAAGACCUGCGUGAGUACUUCGAUCAUGUCGAUAAAGUAAUCGGCAUCAAGAAGGACUGCGCUUUCAAUACAGUGGUGGUUGGAGCCCAGUUUGAUACGAACGAGGGGAGAUGGAAUGUCAAAACUGCAGAUGGUCGCACGAUCAAGGCCAAGUAUCUUGUCCUUGGAACUGGUUUUGCCGCCAAGCGCUAUAUUCCUUCGUGGCCAGGCAUGGAUAAAUUCAAGGGUAUCGUGCACCAUUCGUCUUUCUGGCCCGAGGAAGGAGUAGAAGUGCAAAAUAAGCGCUGUGCAGUCAUCGGCACCGGUGCCUCGGGCGUGCAAAUAACGCAGGCAUGGGGCCCUGUGGCUGGCGACCUGAAAGUCUUUCAACGAACCCCCAACCUCGCUAUUCCCAUGCGCAAGCGCGAUCUCACUGUCGAGGAGCAGGAGCGCCUCAAGCCAUACUACCCAGAGCUGUUCCGUUACCGCGAAGCCAACUUCGCCGGCUUCCUGUAUGGUUGGUGCGAGCGUAACACGUUUGACGACACACCCGAGGAGCGCGAGGCCUUCUAUGAGAGAGUCUGGAAAGAAGGUGGCUUCCGCUAUUGGGUUGCUAUAUACAAGGAUAACUUGAUGAACGCCGAGGCCAACAAAGAGUCGUACAAUUUCUGGGCGAAGAAGACCCGUGCUCGUAUCGGUGACCCCAAAACAAGAGAGUUACUUGCGCCGCGGGAGAUGCCGCACUAUUUCGGAAUCAAACGGCCAUGUCUUGAAAAGACCUAUUACGAGCAAUUCAAUCGCGAAUCGGUGCACCUGGUGAACAUCAAGAACAAUCCGAUCAAGGAGUUUACCGAGUCUGGUAUCACCCUUGAGGACGGAACCCACCAUGAACUCGACGUCGUUGCUGUUGCAACCGGAUUUGAUGUUGUCACUGGCGUCAUGACCCAGCUCGGCUUGAAGAGCAUCGACGGCGUCGAGCUCGAAAAAGAGUGGAUCCCAGGCGCAAAGACCUACCUCGGUAUGACCGUGAGCGGUUAUCCCAACAUGUUCCAUAUCUAUGGCGCACAUGGCCCGACUCUCUUGUGUAAUGGCCCCACGGCGGUCGAGGUGCAGGGCCGGUGGAUUUCCGACGCCAUUGCCAAGAUCGAGGCCAAUAACAUCAAGUACAUCAAUCCCAAAAUUGAGGCUGCUGAUAGCUGGAAGAACCAUGUUUUGGAGCUUAAUAACCAAACCUUGUUCCCCACGACGCACUCAACGUACAUGGGUGGCAGCAUCCCUGGCAAGGUCUAUGAGCCAGUGUCCUACUCGGGUGGUGUUCCCGCUUAUGCCAGCGAGGUUCGGCAAGCCCUAGAUAACUGGGAGGAGGGAUUUGACAUUGUCAAGGCUUGA